AUGGAUUUGAUUAACUCUGUCGUAAAAACUGCAGAUCACUACGUUCCUUUGAGAAAAUUGUGAGUUUUUUAUUGAAGAAAUGCGAUUAUUUUCAAAACUAUCAACAAAUAAAUUAUUCCAAAUAUUUCAAAAAACUUUCGAAACUAUUUUGUCAAAAAGAAAAUACAAAAGUUUGGCCAUAUAAUUUGUUAUCCAAAAUUUCAGGAAUAUUUGGGCGAAUCCAACUCAACCUCAAGCUCAAAUACUCGAUAUGUCACCUGUGACAAGAUUGGCUGGUUUAUCAGGAGCGAUUGCUAUUUCACUUGGAGCUUAUGGAAGUCACGGUAUGUUAUAUAUAAAAAAUAUGUGUCCCAAAAAUUGGUUUUUCCGAAAAACUUUUCCUGAGACUAAAUUAUAUUUCUGAUCAGAUUCGCGAAUAAAAUUUGAAAAAAAAAGGAAAUUUUUUGGAUGAAAUUCAGUAAAAUAAAAAUCAAAUAUGAAAACUACAGUAUAUCAAUAAAAUUAUUUUUACAGUACUUCGUGAUAAUCCGGAAAUAGAAUCACGUCGUCGAAUGGCAUUUGAUACAGCCAGUCGAUAUCAUAUGAUUCAUUCUUUGGCUUUGUUGGCUGCUCAUCGAGCAAGAUUUCCAAUUCUCACAACUGGUUUACUAACUACUGGAAUUAUUUUGUUCUGUGGACCAUGCUAUCAUUACAGUAUUACUGGCCAAGAAGAAACCCGAAAAUUCACACCAAUUGGUGGAGUCACUCUUAUUUUAGCAUGGUUGUCGUUUAUUUUGUAA